UGCGGAUGAAGGAGGAGGGGUGUGAGGAGGGUCUGUGGAACCCUGAGGGGAACAUGGUCAUGGAGGACAACCAAACUACACCUCCUCCUGACCCCCACAGAGGAACUAGCUGAGCAGCCCAGGACCACAUACCGUCUCACUGAGUCAGUAGACAUGGACGAUGGGAAGCCUGAUCUGCUGCUGGUCAAAGAGGAGACAAUAGAAGAUGGACCAGAGAGCAUUGAUCUGCUGAGUGGACUAAAGAUGGGGGAGCAAGAUGGUUGGCUGGAAGCUAACAGAGGAGACUGGGAGGCCAUCUUGGAUUCCCAGACAGGUGCAGCCAAUGGCCCAGGGGACAACAUAACCGAGCAGGCCAGGACCAGAGGCGACAUAGUGGAGGUCAGUGGAUGGGACAGUGUAAUCAACUCUGGGCCGGGGAACAACACUGUUAACCACAACCAGAAACAGACAAUCGAACAGAAAUCAACAUCCGAACUUACUCUCCAUGAUAACAGACUGGCUGAGACCAGGGAGAGGCGUAGAUUUGGUCUGCGGGGACAAGGAAGUGUCCGUAUGCAGCGGGUGAGAACAGACACAGACUCGGCUAGCGAUGCUCCGUCCUGCUCCUAUAAUUGUGUUUCAGACAGAGUGAUGGCGCAUGAGGUUGACCCCCUAACAGGUGCUGCCUUCAGCCUGCCUUCUAUAGGAUCUAUCAACUGGAACAUGGACCCUGUGACAACACAGACACUCCCUGGCCUUCAACCUCCUCACACUCUCCUAAUGUUUAACCAGACCUCAGAAAAUGCCAGUGCAUCAACACUAAAUGGUUAGACAAGCCCAUUGACAAAUGACAGUAAUACAGAUGGAAUAAGUAAAGGUGGUGGCACCAAAGAGAAGCUCUUACCGUUUUCAUUCUGUGGGAAAGCCUUCAGUUUCCCCAAACAGGUGGAGAUCCACCAGAGGAUGCACACAGGGGAGAAAUCGUUCAGCUGCCACCUGUGCCAGGCUAGUUUCUCAGACUCAACCAACCUGAAGAGGGUCCACCCAGGGGAGAAAUCCUACACCUUCCCCAGCUUCCCCACCUGAAGAUCUACACAGGAGAGAGGCCAUUUGCUUGUGUUCUCGGAGAGGAGCUACCUCAGGAUACACUAGCAGAAAAUGCACACGGCCCAUGUAUAGUGAAAUGUAAUGUAGUACUAGUUAUACUGAACAAAAAUAUAAAUGCAUCAUGCAACAAUUGGGUGAGUUACAGUUUAUAUAAGGAAAUCAGUCAAUUGAAAUUAAUUCAUCAGGCCCUAAUCUAUGGAUUUCACAUGACUGGGCAGGGGUGCAGCCAUGGGUGGGCCUGGGAGGGCAUAGGCCUCCCCACCUGGGAGCCAGGCUAAUCCUCUGGGGUGCCAGGCCCAGCCAAUCAGAAUGAGUUUAUCCUCACAAAAGGGUUUUAUUACAGACAGUAAUACUCUGUUUCAUCAGCUGUCCGGGUGGCUCGUCUCAGACGAUCCCGCAGGUGGAGAAGCUGGAUGUGGAGGGCUGGCGUGGUUUACACGUGGUCUGGUUGAGGACAGUUGGAUCCAGCCAAAUUCUCUAAAACGACAUUGGAAGCAGCUUAUGGUAGAGAAAUUAACAUUAAAUUAUCUUGCAACAUCUCUGGUGGACAUUCCUGCAGUCAGCAUGCCAAUUGUAUCUUCCCUCAAAACGUGAGAUAUCUGUGGCUUUGUGUUGUGAGACAAAACUGCACAUUUUAGAGUGGCCUUUUAUUGUCCCCAGCAAAAGGUGUACCUGUGUAAUGAUCAUGCUGUUUAAUCAGCUUCUUGAAAUGCCACACCUGUCAGAUGGAUGGAUUAUGUUGGCAAAGCAGGAAUGCUCACUAACAGGGAUGUAAACAAAUUUGUGCACAACAUUUGAGAGAAAUAAACUUUUUGUGCAUAUGGAACAUUUCUGGGAUCUUUUAUUUCAGCUCAUGAAACAUGGGACCAACACUUUACAUGUGUGUUUAUAUUUUUGUUCAGUAUAGUUUGUUGGUAGUUAAUUAUUUUGUUUUUUGAUAUCGUAGGGAACUUGUUGAGGUGACAUGAGGAAAGAAUUAGUGUGAUAAGGUGAUGGUUGUUGUGAUGGUGUCUGUAAAAAUGCUUCACUGAUGAAGUGACAACUAAUUCCCUUUUAGGUUGAUGGUGUUUCAUAGUGAGAUAAAGACAGUGCCUUAUUUCAUGUUUACUUGACAUGAAGUAGUGAAGAUGUGUGUAGUGUUGAACCUUUUCCAAAGUAUUCUAAUAAAUUAUUUAUGUAGUAGUGAAGAUGUGUCAAAGUCCCGUGUGAGAGUGCAUAACAGUUUUGCUCAAAUUAAA